CCAACUCUCAGCCCUAACACACAAAAUCAACCCUGAGUUGGACUCAAAACUAUGCAAUUGCAAGUCAGUACCAACCUUGGCUUUAAGCUUUAAUCCAACCUUCAAAACCCACUACGAAUCUCCACUUUCUUCAUCAUUAUCCUCGUUGUCAAGACUGGUUCUCAAGACUGAUCUCUCCCAAAUCAGCUUUUUUCUCUCCUCUUGCGAUCCCUAGCUUCACAUCCUCGAACAGAUCAUCGAGGGUGAUCUCAAAUGCCCUCUCAAAUCCAAUUUCAUUAAACUCGUCUUCACCUUCGACAAAUUCCAAACCUUCGAUUUUUACUUCUCCAAAAUUAGUCUCACCAAUCCCAGUCUAUUAACUCUUAUCUUCGGCAAUUGCGGCCCUGAUCUCGAAAUCUCCAUGAAUGUUCGAUCUGAAAUGCACCACAUCGACUCCAAAUCCAAUCGUCGCGACUACUUGUCCGCUAGUUGAGAACUUGAAAGCUCUGCUUGAGGUCGAGAAAGACAAUGUUUCUAACCAGUGGAAACACAUAGUUUUCUUCUUUGCAAAUCAGCAAACUCGACUUGGGAUUCCUAAUAAGCUUGAACCGGUAGAGGAAUCAAAGUUUGUGAUUGAAGCCAAGACAAUCCAGAGAAUGGAGCUUCUUGGCCUGGGUGUUGGAAAGUAUAGGUUAAUCAUGUCAAAAUCAAUGUGCCUUUUGUUUAGAAACUUAUAUAUGACAUAGUUUUUGGACAGGUUAGAACUUUUUGAACAAUUAAAAUUUAAGGAUAGUUCUUUUUAGAUAGUUUUGAAUUAAGGUUAGUUUUUGAAUGUUUGGAAUGUAUAUAUUGACAAUUUUUUAAUGUUCAUAAUUUAUGGAUAUAGUUUAUUUGUUAUGCUUGAAAUAAUAUU